AUGGUUGACAAACUCGAACUGGUUUCGCUAAAGGGCAGAGGACGAGCCGAAGCGGUAAGGCUUAUGCUGGUCUACUCGAAGUGUCCGUUUGUGGAUACGAGGCUAACAAUUGCAGAAUGGAAAUUAAGAAAGAAGAAAGACGGCUUCACCGAGGAAACGAAACUGCCAGUGUUGGUCGUGAAUAACAACUACCGGAUUAUUGGCGUGUACGAAAUUUCGAAAUAUGUUGCCGAGAAAAACGCUCCAACAAUUCGAGCCACUCUUACAAAAAAUUAUGAAGAAAGAUUAUCAUGGGCUGACAUCGCACUUAUUGAGGUACUUACCCGACUUCAAAGCUGUUAUGACAGCUUCUAUUUGGCCCACUUUCCUGUAUUAAAAGAGUACUGUAACCGAUUCGAAUCACUUCCACAUGUGCGACCAUAUAUUCAGUGCAGACCUGAGACACAUUUCUAG